AGUCGCCCGCUCGCAGGAACUAGUUGUUGGAGUAGACUGAGCGCAGGAGCACUUCAUUACAGGCAGAGCACCAGCUGUGGGGGAAUAUUCACCUGUGCGCUGCUGCUGCCGGGAACAAUUCAGCAGGAUUUUCAUUUGUUUCAACACACUCCGUCUUAAAGGCGCAGUUAAGGACCCAUCUGCCGGACUCCCGCUCUGUCCUGAAGACAAAACAAGUUUAUUCCGCCUUGAAUUGGUGCGCUUUUACGCAGAAACUGUCGCGCAUCUGAAGGUUUCGACUGUACAUUUAUCCCGGAGAGCUUCCUGGUUUUCAAAAAGCGGACCGUAAAGCACCAUGGCGAGACAUGACGCCCGAAAUUGGUAUGACUGCUCCAAAAUGACCGAACUGCUCUUGUUGGUGGCCUCGAUACUUCUUCUACACGGAGCGUCGGGUCAGCGGGUGAAGGUGCAGCCCGAGGUGUUGUCUUACCCCGGCCAGACAGUCAACCUGCGCUGUGCCUUCACUGAUGCCACUGGGAUUCAGCUCACAAUGGUCACGUGGAUCUACGAGCCGAAGGACGGAGAGAGGAUCAACAUCGCCGUGUUUCACCCCAACUUUGAUCCCAACUACCCCGACUCGCCGGUGAAGGGCAGAGUCAGCUUCAUGCCCAGCCCCCCAAACCUGGCCAGCCCCUCCAUCGAGAUCAGCAACGUCGGGAUGACCGAUGAGGGGAAGUACAUCUGCGAGUACGCCACCUACCCCAGCGGCAACGAGCAAGGCAUCACCUACCUCGUCAUGCUGGCUAAGCCUCAGAACUCGGCCUCCAUCGUGACGGUGGUGGCGGACAGUAAGCCGCUCCUUGUGGCACGCUGCGAGUCCGUGGACGGCCGCCCCGCAGCCCAGAUCUCCUGGGUGACCGCAGCCAAUGGCAACAGCACGACGGUUUCCAAACCGGGCGCCGACAACACGGUGACCGUCAUCAGCGAGUACCGCAUGGUGCCCAGGCCCGCGGACAACGGGAAGGACCUGAGCUGCGUGGUGGCUCACAGGACACAGGUCAAACCAGAGAGCUUCCCUCUGAAGCUGGCAGUGCAAUACGCCCCUCAGGUGACAAUAGUAGGUUACGACAAUAAUUGGUACGUGGGUCGUACAAAUGUGGCGCUCACCUGCCAGGCUACGGGGAACCCCGCGCCGUUGACAACCAAGUGGACAGCGAUGAAGGGAGAGAUGCCGGACACGGUGCAGGUCUCAGAAAAUGUGCUGAAGGUGCUGAAGGUGGACGAUGCUGUCAACACCACGUUUGUCUGCGAGGUGAAGAACCGCAUCGGGGUGGGCAGGGAUCAGGUCACCGUCAUGGUCAGAGAGCCCUCAGUGAACCCAUCCAAUGCCGGCGUGGUGGCGGGAGCUGUGAUUGGCUCCCUGCUGGCCCUCCUUUUGGUCGCCGCUCUCAUCGCCGUGCUCGUCACCCGUAGCCGCCGGCAGCAGCAGGGUUACCGCGCCAACGGCGGCAGUGACAUGAAGACGCGCAUAUUCGGCGGAGGUAAGAAGGCCAGCAAGAACGGCACAGGCGGAGGCGCCGGGAGCGGUGUCGGCGUCGGAGGCGGAAACAACAACGGGCCGAUCUAUGGCUACGAUCAGGGCUCCUCCCACCCGGGCCUCGGAGAGAAAAACAACCACCACCAGCCACUCACCAUGGGGGGCCUCGCCACUACACCCACCGCCCAAGACAUCCUGCUGAGCAACGAGCUCGAUGACGCGGAGAGGAGGAAGUUUGACGAGCUGGAGGAGGAUGAGAGGUAUGACCAAUUCACCGGAGGCGACCCCAUCCUGCAGCUCCGCCCGCCACACGACCAGGGCGACAUAAUCGGAGGCUACCUGGAUGACGACAUGGAGUCCCAGCGGGAUGGCUCCGUCAUCUCACGGACUGCUGUUUACGUAUAGAGGAGGAGGAGAGGAAAGGAAAGGAGGAGAAGAAGAAAAAACAAGGAGGGAUGAAGGAUGCCUCCCGAGGAUUUGUGUGGCUCCAGGGUCUCGGCCCUGUUCGGAUGGAGAAGAGAAAAUGAUACCACUUUUUAUUUUUUGAGAAUUGAUAUUAAACAUAGCCUAUUAUUAAUCACAGUGCUGCCCCAGAAUGGAGGAUGUGGAGGAGGCAUAUUCUGGUCCCUAAGACCUGAAAAUCAAACCACUGCUUCUGCUCAUGCUAUCGCUAUCACUGGGACCUUGACAUACUCUUGACAGACAGACUAAAAGAGAAAAACUAUGUGGUGUGGGAGUAGGAUAAUGGCAUCCUGAUACAAGCUCGGCUGAAGCAGAAGAAACUCUCUUGCAAAUUCAAUCUUAUCUUCACCCAAACUGUAGAAGUGGUUGUUAGUUAAACAUACACGCCUGCUUUUCUCCCGUGGUGAAGCUUUCUGUUUUGGUAAUGCAUUGUGCUGUGACAGCUGGUGGACAGUGUGUAUCUAUGGAUGGGUUGGGAGAGGAACAUGUAAAGGAACACAUACAGUAUCCACUAGGUGAUUUAGCUAAGAAAACAAAGUAUUUGCUGCUGGCUAGCUUUCAUUUCCGCUCUCUCUGCCUUCCUCUCAAACUGCUCCGCAAGCUAUCGAUAACUUGCUUGAUUUUACAAAACACUAAUAAACAAUCUCAUUGUGCUGCACAGUAACAACAGCAUCUGACUCUAACGAAGAAAGUUUGCUGAGCGUUUGAGUUUCUAACAAGGUACACGCAUGCAAACUUUUGUACUGUGCCCGGAGAAACGAGACGGUAAACAAGAGAUGAGGGAAUGAGGUGUAGCCGAUCUGACAGGGUCAAAGGAUGGGGAGAGGGAUGCAGGAGGCAGGAGAGGAGCACGUCUCUUCCUUUCUCUUCCUCCUCAUCCUCGUCUCCUCAGAGCGCUCCUGACAGGAGGAGCUUGAUUGGUAAUGAGCCGUGAAGUCACUCGCUUAGCCGGCAACAACAGAUUGCCACCACUUAUCUUUUAUGACGUGACGAUUCCUCCCCCCCCACCUCUAUCUCUCUGAUCAUUCCUCCGUCUCUCUCUUCACAUCCCUCUCUGCCAGUGUUUACGGGGAGUUUAUGAUUUAUCCAGUAACGUCGAGGUCAGGGCCACAGAGAGCAGCCGAAUAUUUUACUACUCCUGAUGUGUCAAAUGCCCCACUUACUCUAUUCCAGCCGGCCUGCCCCGACGGCCCAGGACUGACUGAUCCACCUGGAGUGGCCAUGUUCGCUCCAGUGCCUCUUCCCAUAUUUUGUAAAUGGCCUGUUGUAACGAAACCCCACCCGCAAAAUACAACCACGUGAGGUUUGAUAGAUUUUCAAUAAGAUCACAUAACAUUACUUUCCAUUAAGGGCCGUUGUUAAAUGUAGAAAAUUGAUCGGCGGACAUAAAAGUAUUCAUCAACGGCGAACCUUUGGGAGUCAUAUUGACUAACAGGCAUCCAGCAGUGAAGUGGCCCUUUACGAUGUGGCUUCAGGGCUGAUUGUCUCCUGACUGUUAAUUUAUCCUUCCAACGAGCCACCGGAGGCCCGCCCGGGAAAAUAUUACUCUGCGGCUUCCACACGCUGCUGUCUUGGAGUCGCGGAGCGUUUACAUCCCGCCUGCGUCACUGUGUCUAUGUAGCCACGGGAUGACUGUGAUGGACAAUCCUUGAGAGAAGCCCUGCUGUAGCUCCUCUAAUCGGGCUUUUCCUGGCCGUUCUAAUCAAAUCCCUCGUGACCCACUGGGAAUCUGAUGAGGGCAGCUCUCAGUGAGUGUACUGCCCUCUCGUAAGGCCCGCCAAAGAUCUGGGUUGCUGCUUGCUGCAGGUCAUGAGGUCGAAUGCGGAGCAACCCGAUGCCAAGAGCGAGGAUGACUUUGCCUGACUGCAUUUCCUAUCGCAGCAGUUUAUAACCUCGAGCUAUAGAGGUGGGAAACACUUGCAUACAGUACAUGCAUCCUUCUAGGGCCAGACAGUCCUAGUUUUCCUUUGUGAAGGCUGUUGACCUUCAAAGAGGCAGAGAGAGGCGGAGAAGCGGCUUUUAGUGUUCGAACACGGUCUAGCAUAUUGUAAGCCAGGGUGUUCAAUAAGAUUAUCGUCUGAUGGCCUUAGCUUAUAUAUAAACGCAGCUCCAGUCAACCCGCGGAGCAGUGCAUUUACUGGACCCAACUGGUUUGUCACAACCACUCAAUAAGAAUAAAAAAAACAAUGUAUUACUUAUUUUUACACCUGUGUGUGUCACCGCUACAAAGAGAAAUAUCAGUGUAAUGCUUUUGGGUUUGGGGUCAAAAAUAGCGAUAAGGGACAAAACUGUUGUAUGUACAUUUAGGUGUGAGGUAUCUGUGAACUAUAUAUGUAAGCAUCUUUAUUUUUCUUGUGAAAAUGUGGAUAUUUAUAACAAUGUAAAUAUCAGAUCGAUGGAGCCAGUGGUGUGGAAUAAAGAAGGCGUUCUGGGUCGGCUAAACCUAAAGGUCAAAUGUCUCGGAGGGCAGUCAGAAUGUAAUUUUUAAUCUUAAUGAAAACUCAGCGGUUUGGGUGUUCAAACAUACUGACCCGACUGAGCUGAGUUUGCCUAAAGCCUCAGAGUUGAUUUGUAUCGGUGGGAAAAUUAUAUAAUUGUAUAAUUUUUUUGAGAAAGUUAGCAUUGCCUGCAAUUCCACAAAAUAAGCACACCGUGUUUUUUUGCACAAUUGGCUUCUCCUUGACAGACACCCUGCACAAUGCAAAAAUACCCACAAUACUUAUAAUUUAUCAGGUAGACCGUAACCACAGAAGCAGGUGGUGGUGCGUGUGUGUUGACUCAGCUGUGUGUGUGUGUGUGUGUAUUCAGUAGUGUGUAUUUCCGUGAUGCUCGGAGGCUUUGGGACAUCUCUCACUGCCAUUGGGGCUGUAACCUGAGUAGCCUCUAUUUAUGUCACCGUGGAAAACUGGCAAACUGAAGAUAUUAUUGUGCAUUUUCCAAAACGCACUCGCUUGUACACACACAUACUGUACAUAUACAGAAUGCAGAGAAACAUUCGCCCACACACAAACACCCCUCAGUCACUCUCAUUAUGCUCACUCCCACAGCCAAACUGUGCCGAAGACACCUCAUACCUGACAACUUCGCCAUCUCCUGACAUAAGCCCACACAAAUGCGCUCACAUAGCAGCACACACCCGCACACACACUUCUUCUUUCUCCACUUCUUGCUCAGUGGCUCCGUCAGGACAUAUACUGUGUCCUGUUACGGUGAAAAGAGCCGCAGCAUGAUGUCUCCCCCGCUCCACCGCUUUCUAUUCUUCAAGCCCUGACUCCGAAACGAGCACGUUAAACACACACACACAUUCAGGGAGACACACCUUUCACCCGGUGUUCGAGAAACUGGCUUUAAGGAGACCGUUUGUCCAUUCCACUUCGGGGAAUAUAGCUUUCAUAAAAAUGCCACUGUGCUGACCCGCUCCACCUCCCGUCUCCCUUUGAAUGCUUUUAGAGCCGCAACUUCCUACUCGCCUCCAAAAUGUUGUUUUUCCGACUUUUCUCACUUCAGCAACCUCCACCACCGCCUCCAUAAACACACACACAAACAUACACCGUUGCCACCCACCUCAGCAUCCACGUUAAAGGCUUGUCGGACAAAAUGCUUUUAGAGGAAUCCACGAUCCUCGCCCGGGUCUAGCACAAGGUUAGGUAGUCAAAACACCCAAUAUUUAUCUUCUUUUUUAGCCCAGAAAACCGCAUACUGUUGAUAUCUCUUCGGCUCCAAACAUUUGAUGACUAAUCAAAGCCUUAAGAUCUCCCAUCUCACUUGCAAAAAAGAAGGAAUGAAAAAGAGAAAACUUCCCUGUGUACAUAGUAUAAAUAUAUAAAUAUGUAGCAGAGAAAAGAUAUUACUAAUUUAUGGUGUCACGUUUGUGUAUUUCUCAGUGACAGCAAGCAUGAAGGAUUUAUUUUCUCCUAUUACAGUUUCCUCUCUUUUCUGUUAUUUUGCAGUGCUUUAUAAUUUAUGUUUUCUGAGUGCUUUAUUCUUGACUGCUGCGCGGUGAUUGCUGCCAAACCUGGCAAAUGUGCUUCUAAAUGAACUGUACACACAACAAACCAGUCGUACCCCCAAAAUGUGCUUUUUAUUAUGGACUGCUACGUGUAAUCGUUGUUAUUUUUCAUUUUUUGUAUUACUUUUUUUAUUUCAAAUUUUAUUUUGAGAAAAAAGUAACUAAGAAAUUAGAAUUGUUGUCACCAUUUUGUCAUGUCUUUCUAUAUUUUUUCGUAUUUGGUUGCUAUUAAAAAGUUCUUGAUUUUUGAAAUGUG